AUGGCCGACGUACGGUCCAAGAACCUUUAUGAGCUUCUGGGUAACGACCCAGAGCUCGACCCUAGCAGACCCGCUCCUCCCCCCACGAGGGCUGUCGACCGCACCGCUGACCGCUCCGGCAAGCGGGAUACCCCCAAGGAGCCCGCCGCUCGUCACAAUGAGACCAACGCUCGCCGCGGUGGCCGUGUGAACGCCGGCAACGAGGCCGCUUUCCGUGACCGCAACGCUGGCCGCAACAACAACCGCGAGAAGCCCACUGAUGAGGCUGCUCAGCCCGCCCGCCGCCGUGGUGGUGGUGGUCGCGGUGACCGCCAGUCCCGCACUGGCCAGACUGACACCCGCAAGCAGGUCCAGCAGGGCUGGGGUGCCGAGAGCGGCGAGAAGAACUGGGAUGACGAGCGCCAGGGCGAGAAGAUCGCCAAGAAGGAGGAGGCUGAGCCCCAGACCCCCGCUGCCGAGGAGGCCGAGGAGGAGCCCGAUAACUCCAAGUCUUUCGCCGACUACCUUGCCGAGAAGGCCCAGAAGGAGACCCUCGCUGCUAAGCCCGUUCGCUCCGCCAACGAGGGCAGCAAGCUCGAUAAGAAGUGGGCUGAGGCCAAGGAGCUCGCCAAGGAGGACGAGGAGUCCUACAUUGCCGGCUCCGGCGAGAAGACCAAGCGCGAGAAGCAGCGCAAGGAGAAGAACUUCCUUGACGUCGACCUGCGCUACGUCGAGCCUCCCCGCAGCGGCCCUGCUCCCCGCGGUGGCCGUGGCGGCCGUGGCGACCGUGGUGACCGCCCCGCCCGUGGUGGUGAGCGUGGUGAGCGUGGUGACCGUGCCCCCCGCGGUGACCGUGCCCCUCGUGGCGACCGCGCUCCCCGUGGUGACCGUGCUCCCCGUGGCGGUGCCCCCGCUGCCCGUGGUGGUGCCCCCCGCGCUGCUGCUGCCCGUGGCCCUGCCGGCCCUACCGUCGACGAGAAGAACUUCCCCAGCCUCGGCGGCAACUAA